AUGUUAGACUGUAAUCCAAUCUCGACGCUACUGGACCCGAACCAAAAGUUGACGAAAAGUCAAUGUCCAACGGAAACAGCUGAUAUUGAAGAAAUGUCACAGAAGCCAUAUAUGCAAGCAGUUGGUAGUUUGCUGUUUGCUGCACAAUUGACAAGGCCGGAUAUAGCAUACGCUGUCAACAUGUUGAGUCGUUUUGGAACCAACCCAGGCAAAUCGCAUUGGGCAGCCGUGAAACGUGUGUUGCGAUAUGUAAAAGGAACCAUUGAUAAGAGAUUAACUUAUCAAAAGGAACAUUCAGAGGUCGAAGGCUAUUGCGAUGCUGAUCAUGCUGGUAAUUUAGACACAGCUCAAACCACAACUGGCUAUGUUUUCUUGCUUCAGGGUGGUGCAGUAUCAUGGGCUUCGAAGCUGCAGAAGCGUAUUACUUUGUCAACUACUGAGUCCGAAUUCGUGGCAAUGGUUGCAUCCUCCAAGGAAGCCACUUGGCUUAAGGGUCUACAACGUGAAAUUUUUCCAUCAACUCCGAAACUAACCAUUCUGUACUGCGACAACAAAGGAGCUGAGAAUAAGGCCAACAACAAUUCAUACUCGGACGCUACAAAGCACGUACUCAUCAAACUUAAGUAUUUGCAUCAGAGAAUUAAAAAUAAGGAAUUAAAGUUAGUUCAUGUAUCUUCCGAUGAAAUGAUCGCAGAUGCUUUGACAAAAGGCUUGCCUAAAAUCAAAUUAGAAUAUUUUUCAAAGAAAUUUAGACUUAAUUGA